AUGGAUCAAAGCAACCUUCCACCGCUCCGGCCGCCGCCGAGACCACACUCACCCUCGGGUCACAGGUCCAACCGGUCUCAGUCAUCGCUGUCACAGUCCUCAGUGCGCAGCGAAUCCAGUCUUUCCACUACUUCCAACGAGUCCAGCCAACUUCCACCCCCGCCGCGAUAUCCACAGCAAGGGACGGCCAGGCCAUCAACAGCGAGCGGGCCAGCGCCUUCGCACAAUGCGACUUCCGCGCUGCAGACCGGAUACCGCCAACAGAUUAGGACCUCCGUGGACGGCGGUCUCCGAGCCACUUCGCCAGCCAUGCCGCAACAGUCAAUCGGCCACCGUGCGCGGCAGCACAGCCAAGGCUUCUUCGAGCCAUCUUUACCGCAUAGUACUGCGAACAGCGCUGGCCUGACGGCUUCGCAGAUAGCGGCGCAAGCAGCGAUGCAUCACAUUUCGCCACCUCCUGGACUUAAUGAGCGCAAGCGAUCCCAUCCAGGACUGUCGCCUAUCAAUACCGCGCAGCCCGCCAUCAGCCCACAAGUCGCGUCGGCUGGUGGACUCCCGUACUCGAAUGGCACGCUUGGUGGAAAUAAGUUGGCGGCUACGAGCGCGGCCAAUGCUGCUUUUCCCAAUGGUCGUAGUCCUCUGCCAUCGCCUGGUAUACCAGCGUCGCAGGCAAUGCCGCCUCCGCCCCUCCCGUCGGAGCGGGAGCCAAAGGCGAAGAGCUCGAAGAUGAAGCUGUUCUCAAAGCCGAAGAGUAUCGGGCUGUCAAAGGAGAAGGAGAGCAAAGUUCAGCCUAGCAUACCGUCUCCUGGAAAGGGCAGUCUCAACCCGUUACUCAGAAGUGGCUUUGCGAACCAAUCUACGACAAGUCUCGCAGAUCCAGGAUCGAGCGGGAACUCGAUCUAUUCUUCUGCUAAUGCUUCAACUUCGACGCUGGUGCCCGCUGGAAACGAAAAGGAGAAACGACAUCACUUCUUGUCACGGCAGAAGAACAAGUUAAAAGAUGAGCCGCCUCCACUACCUUUAUCAUCGGCGCAUUCGAAUUCGCAAGCAACGAAUCCCGACAAGCCGCAGCCUUUAUACUCUUUUACGCCUGACUCGCCGGGCACCAGCUCCUUCGCGAAAUCCAUGUCUGGCUUUGACCUACGGCAUGGCGCCAAAGUACUACGAGAAAGGAAGGCAGAGAAAGCAGCAGCGAAGCUGGAUCUUGCGCCAGUAACUUCGAAUACUUCAGCCAGUGGUGUGAGCGAUCAAUUUGGACCAGCCAGCUACGUGUCCGAGAUGGUUGGCACGCCAUCUGUGAACCCUGUUGGCGGCUUCGCGUUUCCUAAUGACACUUUGCCGCCUAUAUCGGCUCAGCAGUUCUCUAACAUUGGCGUUUCCAUGGGCAUACACGGCAUUGGGCCUGACGAUGCAUGGCCGCUGAUAAAAGCUCGAUUGCUAAACUUAUUCUCUGGCGAAGAGGUCAGGACGCCUAUCGAAGACUUCAACACAUUAGUGGGCGUCCAUAUCAGGCGCUGUGUCCAGCGAAAGUCACCCGUCGUGGUCGUCGAAGAUCUACGAGAACUGUUGGAAACGGGCUUUGGCAGCUUGGCACAGACCUUGCGAGGUGUCGCAGAUGAUCGCUUGGUGACGAAGCUUGUCGAGAUGUGGAUCGGAGUUUAUGGCUCCAUCCUACCGUUCCUGCAGGCAGUCUUCCUCCCAAUGGACCUGGAGUUCCGCGGUCGUGGUAUCAUCAUGAGCGUCACAGAAGCCCAGGAGUUCUGGGGCGCUAUGCCUGAAACUCUCAAAUCUGACGAACGACCAAGUUCUUCCGGCGGUACGAUGCGCAUGCCCAGCUUAGGCGAAGAGCUGGAUGUUAAGCGCAUCACGCUCAUUGCCUUCCGAGACGCAGUCAUUCUACCCCGACACGAUAGCUUGAUGGCGAUCUUCAGCCGGUUAUCUCUGGACAGCAUCAACGCCUCCACCUCCCCCGACCCCAGCGCCGCUGGCCGGCAACACGCCCGCUCCGACCCCGCCAUCACAGGCGCCGAACGCCCCGGUACAGCAGGCAGUCUCAGCCCCCACAUGAGCAGUUUCAACUCCCAAGGCUCCACCCUCCUCGACGCCGCCAGCAGCUCCUCCGGCGGCGCAAUGAGCGCAGCGAGCCGAAGCAGGGCCACUUCCAACACCUCCGCCGGCUCCUUCGGCACCAGCAUGCCGCACAUUACAUCCCCCCUUACCGCCGGCGGUGGGCCUGGGUCAUUCAGCAGCACGCCGCAACAACCGCCGCAAUCUCCUCUCCCGUCUGCGGACCCGACGCAGAUUACCGACACGGUGGCGCGGAUGCUGCAGUGUCUGUAUGUGCUUGCGAGUUGUCAGACGGGGGACACGGGGCAAGGGGUUGUGGAGCGGUUGACACGGGCGCUGAAGUACAAUUGGCUUUCUAGGGGCAGGACAGGCAGGGAUCGGCGGGGGUUUGUGGGUGUGAAGAGGCCUACUGGGGGGAGGGUUGGUUUGGUUGGGGCGUGA